GUAACCUCUACCAUAGUUUAGAAUGGCGCGCUCAUUAAGUAGUGGGGGCUGGUUCGGGUGGUUCAGUUGUUGCUAAUCGAUUAAGUGAAAAUGCAGGGUGGAAAAUACUGUUAGUGGAAGCUGGAGAAGAAGAAAAUUUUUUUACGGAUAUACCUCUUAUGGCUGCAUUUCAAUCAGUAACAAGAUUCAAUUGGGGAUACCGCAGUGAAAGGCUAGAGACCGCUUGUUUAGGACUUAAAUUUAAAAAAUGUAACAUACCACGUGGGAAAGGUGUUGGAGGUACUUCCAUAAUAAAUUUUCUAUUAUAUUCUCGUGGAAACAAGAAGGAUUUCGACGAAUGGGAUAGAUUAGGGAACAAGGGUUGGAACUAUUCUUCUGUACUUCCAUAUUUUAUUAAAUCUGAAAAGUGUUCAAAAGAAAUUGCUGCUGACUUGAAAUAUCGUGGUGCGAAUGGGUUUCUCGAUGUGGAAUAUCCACCAUUUGAAACCGUUUUGGUAAAGAACUUCCUUAAAGCAGGAAAAGAAAUGGGCUAUAAGAUAGGCGAUCCUAAUGGACAGUAUCAUGUCGGAUUUUCAAAAGUUCAAGCAACAAUGCACCAGGGAAGAAGAUGCAGUGUCGCCAAAGCCUACCUUUCUAAUAUAAGAGACCGAUCCAAUUUAAAAAUAUUAAUAAAAACUCAGGUUAAAAAAUUAAUAAUUGAUCCCAUUCAAAAGAAAGUUAUAGGAGUUGAAUUUAUGAACAGUGAUGUUAAAAAUGCGUAUGCCUCUAAAGAGGUAAUAGUAUCGGCUGGUGCUAUUAAUAGUCCCCAUUUGCUUAUGGUCUCAGGAAUAGGUCCUAGAAAAGAUCUGGAACAGGUCAACAUUCCUGUAGUAAACGACCUAAAGGUAGGCUACAACUUACAAGACCAUCUCACAUUUGGGGCUCUUGUGUUUCUGUUAAAUUCAUCCGUAAGUGUAUCUGAUCAAAAUGUUCAAAAUCCAGCUGACAUUCUCAAUUAUGUUCUAUACGGUAAAGGACCAUUUGUUAUUCCUGGAGGUGCUGAAGCACUAGCUUUCUUGAAAACGAAAUAUAGCAUAAAUAAAACUGAUGAUUAUCCUGACAUUGAAUUGGUUUUGGGAGCUGGUGGAUUAAACGGUGAUACUUACGGAAGUCUCAGAAAUUUACUAGGAAUUCCUAAUUCCCUUUACAAUUUUAUGUAUCGCCCCUUCCGUUAUACACCAGGUUUUGGAAUAGCCCCUGUUCUUAUGAGACCCAAAAGUGUGGGGAGAGUUUUAUUGGAUAAUGUUCACCUAUAUGACAAACCUAUUAUUCAGCCAAAUUAUUUGAGUCAUAGGAGCGAUGUGUUAACAAUGGUGGAAGGAAUCAGAAUGUCAGGAGCCUUUGGAGGUUAG